AUGGCAGCAGGGGAGACGCAGCUCUACGCCAAGGUCUCCAACAAGCUCAAGGGCCGCCGUGCGCCCUCAAUCCUGGACCCCCUCCUGGCCAUGGGCUUCCCAGCGCACACCGCGCUAAAAGCGCUGGCAGCCACUGGAAGAAAGACAGUGGAGGAGGCCUCUGACUGGCUGCGUUGUCACUGCAAUGACCCUUCCCUGGAUGACCCCAUCCCCCAGGAGUAUGCCCUUUUCCUCUGUCCCACGGGGCCCCUGCUGGAAAGACUUCAGGAGUUCUGGAGGGAGAGCAAGCGUCAGUGUGCGAAGAACAGAGCUCAUGAGGUCUUCCCGCACGUGACCCUCUGUGACUUUUUCACAUGUGAAGACCAGAAGGUGGACUGUCUGUAUGAGGCUCUAAAGAGAGCGGGGGACCGGGUCCUGGGUUCCUUCCCCUCGGUUGUCCCUCUGGUUCUCCAUUCUUCCACCAGCUACCUUGGCUUCUUCCUGAACGGCACCCCCGCUGAAGUUAUCCGCGAGUUUGCCAUGAUGUUUGCCACGGAAGCAUCUGUCUUGGCAGACUGCUCCGUGAAGCCUUGCACCAAGCAGCUGCAUCUGACCCUGGCCCACAAGUUCUACCCCCACCACCAGAGGACACUGGAGCAGCUGGCCAGAGCCAUCCCUCCUGACCACCCCUGCCAGUGGGCUGCCACGCUAUACUCCCGAGACAUGCGCUUCGUGCACUACCAGACCCUGAGGGCCCUGUUCCAGUACAAGCCCCAGAAUGUGGACGAGCUGAUCCUGAGUCCUGGCGACUAUGUCUUUGUGGACCCCACUCAGCAGGAGGAAGCCAGCGAGGGCUGGGUAAUUGGGAUCUCACAGCGGACAGGCUGCCGGGGCUUCCUGCCCGAAAACUACACGGAACGUGCCAGUGAGUCUGACACCUGGGUGAAGCACAGGACUUACACCUUCAGUCUAGCGGUGGACCUGAACUCCAGAAAGGAUGGCGAAGCCAGCAGCAGAUGGAACAGGGAAUUUCAUCCUCCGCAGGCGUCAAGGAGUGCUAGCAAUGUGCAGGCUCUGCAGGCCACGAUCGCGAGGAAGAGCGUGCUGGUAGUACGCCACGGGGAGAGAGUGGACCAGAUCUUCGGGAAGUCAUGGCUGCAGCAGUGUUCCACCGCAGAUGGAAAAUACUACAGGCCGGACCUCAACUUCCCUUGCAGCCUGCCCAGGCGGAGCAGCGGCAUCACAGACUUUGAGAAUGAUCCACCGUUGUCGUCGUGUGGGAUUUUCCAGUCCAGAAUUGCAGGGGACGCCCUGCUGGACAGCGGCAUCAGAAUCUCCUGUGUCUUCACCUCCCCAGCCCUCCGCUGCGUGCAGACAGCCAAACACAUCCUGGAAGAACUCAAAUUGGAGGAAAAAAUUAAGAUAAGAGUGGAACCUGGAAUCUUUGAAUGGACAAAAUGGGAGAACAGCAAAACCACCCCGACCCUCAUGACCUUGGAAGAGCUGAAAGAGGCAAACUUUAAUGUCGACACUGAUUACAGGCCUGUGUUUCCCCUCUCCUCGCUUGCGCUGGCCGAGAGCUACGAUGAAUACGUGGACAGGUGUGCAGUGAGCAUGGGACAGAUCGUCAGCACCAGCCCACAGGACACGGGUGCCAUCCUGAUCGUGAGCCACGGCUCGGCACUGGACUCCUGCACACGGCCACUCCUUGGGCUGCCGCCCCGGGACUGCGGGGACUUUGCCCAGCUGGUGAGAAAGAUCCCGUCUCUGGGUAUGUGCUUCUGUGAAGAAAAUAAAGAGGAAGGGAAGUGGGAGCUGGUAAACCCGCCCGUGAAGACGCUUACUCACGGGUCAAACUCGGCGUUUAACUGGAGGAACUGGAUCUCAGGCAGCUAA